CCCAAAGUGACACUCAUAUCAAUAGAAAAAUGCAGUUAAUUCUUCCUGCUGUUAGAUUUUUUCUUCUACUGUUGUGGUUUUCAAGCCAUGUGUAUUGUCAGAAAAAUAGAAAUAAAUUAAUGUGUGAGCCAAUAGUUGAUGACUUUUCUUUGGAAACGCAAACACAAGGGAGCCCUGGCAAAAGAGGUGCAGCAGGCCCUAAAGGAGAUAAAGGAGAAAAUGGAAUCCGUGGAGUAGUUGACUAUACUGUAAUGAAUCUUCGUAUCAAUCAAGCAAUUGUCGACAUGAACGUGAAGUUCCAGGAAGAGAUAACACAAUACAAGAAACAAAUAGAGAACUCAGAAACGAAUACAAGAAUAGUUAACUUAUUGAAAAAAGAUUUGUGUCCGAUUUUUCACAAUGAAAAAUGUUUCUUUCUAAUUACGGAUGAAUCUCGGAUGGAUCUGACACAGAGUCGUGAGAAGUGCCAAAGUCUGGAUGGACAACCAGCUAAUAUUUAUGAUCGCGAACAUUUUGAAAAAAUAGUUCCUCUACUUCGAGUGAAAAUAUUUAUAGGCUACAAAUACACUCAUAUUUGGACAGGCAUGACUGUCGAUGCAAAGACUCGAAAAGCGUAUCUAACCAGCAACAGAGAAGCGCCCUACUCUCGUUGGUUUCCUGAACGGCCAUACAGUGUCGCACGACCACAUGUUGGUAUUCAAAUUGAUGCUAAACCAUCAUCACAUUAUCAGGGAAUAUUUGACGAAAAUCCAUCUUCUAAACAUCUCGGAGUGCUUUGUGAAAUCCAAGUGUAAACGCUGUAAAUUUGUAGUAUUUAAUCAAAGUGACACGCUAGGCAUACAACUGGCACCCCUCUCUUUUCGCACACACCUCCGAAUUUGGUCACCUUUGUUAUCAUAAUACUAAGCACUUGUGAAACAUUGCGCGAGUCUAUUCAACGACGCAUAAACAAGUCAAUAUUAAAAAUGUCUGCAAUACAACAAGCAUAGUAUGUGUUUAAUUUAUGGCUAUCAGCAAUAUACAGUUGACUGAAAUAAAGAGGGAGGUUCUUAGCAUAGUUACUGAAUGACAUACAAUCAAACUCUC